ACACACACACACACACACACACACACACACACACACACACACACAUCUGUGAUGUCACACACACACGCACACACAUCUGUGAUGUCACACACACACGCACACACAUCUGUGAUGUCACACACACACGCACACACAUCUGUGAUGUCACACACACACGCACACUGUGAGUCGAGUCUCAUCAGCUGCAGUACUUCACUGUCAUCUGCUCAAACAACAACAACACAAAUCAGAGUUUAUUUCUUUACACCCAAGAGGACAUCUGAUGGAGGGUUAAACUCAUUCAGCUCAUCAUGAGAUCUGCGUAUAAGUAAGUAUUGUUCAUUUGAAAGACUUUGGCUAUGAAUUGUGUUCUGUUGCUCAAAAGAUUAUGAAGAUUGUUUAAGAUUUUAAUGCAAAGGCUUUGUUAUUUCACUUAAUAAUGGCUGCUGCUAACAUGAGAAUAGAAGUCCAAUGAACAACACAAUAUAACUAGAAAUAGACUUACACGAAUUCUAAUAUAAUAAAUAUUAAAAAGUCUAUACUAUAUCACACACGUGUGUGUGUGUGUGUGUGUGUGUGUGUGUGUGUUUGUGUGUUUGUUACAAAAAAACGUGUUGAGUUUCUACAAAUACGGAUCAUAUUUUUGUUGAACAUUAUUAAACUAGUUGUUUGAUUUUGAAGAUAAAUGUACUGUGCGGGUUUUCCACUUGUUUCUCUAUUAUCUGCGGUCUAUUGUGAGAGUGAUGUAAGAGCAUUGUGUGUGUGUGUGUGUGUGUGUGUGUGUGUGUGCGAGCUGUUCAUUGUCCCGUGUUACUCCAACAUUCUCUGUCUGAAAACAUGAAUACAUUUCAUUCUGUUUUCAUUUCAGCUGUAAAUGUAAUAAAAAAUCAUUUGAACUAUAGCAAAAACAAAGGAUGAUACGAGGAUGACGCAUGAUUUAAACAUGCUGUUUACUUUUCUCCCAGAAUGUGCAGAAUUAUGCUGUGGGAUGACGGAUAAUCAACCUAAAAGAACUUUUAUUGUGAUAAACAAGCACAUUUCUAAAAUGAUUCAGAAAUAUUUGUGAAGGAGUCAGAUUCAGUUAUGGGGCAAAAUGUGUUUGUAAUAAAGUGCAAAUGUAGAAAUGAUGCCGCAAAAGUGCUUCAAGUCAUUAAGGAAGGUUAUUAAUAACCUAUACUAAUAAAGCCAGUAAAUGUGAUUUGAAUAAUCUGAUGGAUGAUAUGAAGUGUUUAUGUACGCUGAUGGGAGUGCAGGAGUCAUUUGUUUUCUGUGUUUGUGUCAGAUGGCCUCAAGUGAAGCUGAUCAUUCUCAAUCUAAUGAGGAACCUCAGCCUGGUGACCUCAUCGAGAUCUUCAGACCAGCCUAUCAGCACUGGGCUCUUUACCUGGGUGACGGUUACAUCAUCAACCUCACACCUGUGGACGAGAGUCAAGCCACAGCGGUGUCCAGCGUUAAGUCAGUGUUCAGUCGUAAGGCGGUGGUCCGCAUGCAGCUCUUAAAGGAGGUGGUGGGGGGAGAUUCGUACAGGAUCAAUAAUAAAUAUGACGACAAUCACACGCCGCUGCCCGUCAGUGAGAUCAUUCAGCGAGCUCAGCUUCUCAUUGGUCAGGAGGUGUCAUAUGACCUGCUGGGCAGCAACUGUGAACACUUUGUCACUCUGCUUCGUUACGGAGAGGCCGUGUCCGAACAGGCGUCACGAGCUAUAGGAGCCGUGAGUUUAGUGACGGCGGCCGCGAGUGCUUUCUCAGUGCUGGGACUCAUCAACACACGCUCCAGAAACAGACCCUUCUGAAAAUCACGCUUUCUCCUUUAUAUACACUCAUAUCUUACAGUGUGUUUCAAUGGUUUCUUGUGUGAGACUAUAAUAACGUGUUCAUUUAGAAGAAGAAACAGGAACACUUUACAAUAAAGUGCUAUUAGUUAACAUUAGUAAAUGCAUUAGCUAACAAUGAACAGUUAAGUUCUUCACCAUUUAUUAAUCCUUGUUCAUGUCAAUACACUUGUUCAUGUUAGUUCAAGGGAUCAUGUCCAGGCGGCCAGUUGUUAUGGCAGAAAUAAUCCCUGACAGUGUGAAGCGGAGGGUCUUGUGUCUCACUGAAGGGUCUUAUUUCUGCCAUAACAACCGGCUGCCUGUACAUUAUCCCGCUUAUUACACGGCUACUUUCCACACGAGAAAUGUGAAUUUGAAAUAUUUGAUUAGCUCAUUUUUACCGAAUGCAGACCUUCGGCGAGGAAAAGCCGUUUACUUUGGGUUUUAUGGUAAGAAACGACGUUCAAAUGUCACAAACAGACAAUUUGGUUGAAUCAUUUGUAAAUAUAAUGUCAUAUAUGUUAUCAAAAGACAUAUUUAUAUUUAAUUUGUGUCAAAAAAAUGAUUUACUGCAUCUGGGUUACAGUGUGUUAUUAGGUUUGAGAGGUUGUUAUCUGGGAAUAAUGAACCUGCAGAUGUCACGACUGGCCAAUCAGAAUCAAGCAUUCCGUGUAAUAACUAAUGUUAACAUUUGAUCUUAAUAAUGUAUUAAUAUAUGCUGAAAUUAACAUGAAUUAAUAUUAAUAAAUGCUUUAGAAGAAUUGUUCAUUGUUAGUUAAUGCAUAAACUAAUUGUUAACAAACAGCACCUUAUUGUAAAGUGUUACCGAAUAAACUAACAAAUAAUA